UUCGUCUAUCUCUUAUUUUUUCAAGAUUUUAAAAAAAUAUUUUGAGACCCACCUUCAAUUGAAGAAUAAAGAGUAGGCUUACACAACAGGCCUUUCUAUUCCUCAUUUGGGCUCACAAGGCAGUGACUUUUUUAAAGCCUUUCAAUAGGCCCAUCCAAUUCCAAGACCAGUAUCCCCCAUGUAUAACAUUGUGGGUCCUCAAAGAGCUCAAUACCACUGAAAUUUUAUCACUCAACUCUUAGUCUUCUGCAUCAUUUUCUUUUCUAAAUGCAGAGAGCCUAACUAACUACACAGCAACUAUGCAUAUGCUUCCCAUUCAUAAGCCAUGGCACCCAUCAGCGGCAACUCAACCAGAAGCCUCCACUUCUCUAUUCUCCAGGACCAAAAACUUACCCGCAAAAGUUGUCACAAACUCUCUAAAUCCUCAAAACAAGAGUGAACUAUCCUCUGCAGGCAACAUCAAACGUCUGGUUUUAACACAGGAAGGUAGAACCAAGCUUAACAAAUACAAGGACCUCGAAUUCUACGCCUACCCACGCUUUGUGACCCAUGUUGAUGAAAAGUUCAUCUCUACUUUGACUCAUCUGUAUAGGGAAAGAUUGAGACCUGGCUCAGAGAUUCUCGAUCUAAUGAGCUCAUGGGUUAGUCAUCUACCUGCAGAAGUAGUGUACAAAAGGGUGGUAGGGCAUGGUCUUAAUGCACAAGAGCUUGCCAAGAAUCGUAGGCUGGAUUACUUUUUUGUGAAGGAUCUUAACCAGGACCAAAAGCUUGAAAUGGAGAGUAGCAGUUUUGAUGCAGUUCUAUGCACAGUUAGUGUGCAGUAUCUUCAACAGCCUGAGAAGGUAUUCGCAGAGGUGCUUAGAGUGCUAAGGCCCGGAGGUGUGUUCAUUGUGAGCUUCAGCAAUCGUAUGUUCUAUGAGAAAGCAAUCAGCGCAUGGAGAGAUGGAAGUGCUUACAGUAGGGUACAAUUGGUGGUGCAGUAUUUCCAGUCAGUCGAGGGUUUCACCCAACCGGAAGUCAUUCGAAAGAUUCCGGCUGCUGAUAGUGCUGAGGACAAGUCGCCAUUCAGCUGGAUAAGGAGGUUGCUAGGAUCGCUAUCGGGAUCAGACCCUUUCUAUGCCAUUAUUGCAUACAAGAACUUCAAACCUGUAUAUGAAUGA